AUGUGGAACCGUCCAAAAUUUAUUGAAGAGCCCAUAAUUGAUGCUUCUCGUGUAGCACAUCCUUUGUUACAAAUGAGCACAGAAAAAUUUGUAACGAAUCCAGUUAGCUCUGGUUGUAACUACUCGAGAAUUAAAGUGCUCACAGGUCCAAAUGCAUGCGGAAAAAGUGUUUAUUUGAAACAGGUCGGAUUGUUAGUUUAUCUAGCGCAUAUUGGGAGUUUUGUACCUGCAGAAGUAGCUCAUAUGGGAACAGUUAAUCGCAUUAUGUCGAGGAUAUACACGACAGAUUCAGUACUUGACGGAAUGAGUACAUUUGCGAAGGAUUUGGAUCAGAUUUCUGUUUCUUUGCGUCGUGGAAAUGAACGUUCUCUAAUUAUAAUAGAUGAAUUCGGCAAGGGUACCUUAACAGAAGUCGGUCUUUCUCUGUUAGCUUCAUCUUUAUCCUACUGGGCGGCGAAGGGACAAUCUGGCUGUCCACAUGUCUUCAUCGCAUCGCAUUUUCAUGCUCUCUCGAAACUGAUCUCGGAUCACUGUGACAUUCUGUCGUACCACGUUAGUUCUUCUUUCGAAAACGUGGAGCAUACUCAGUCGCUAGAAUUUUUCAGACAAUGGAAGUCCUACGUCGAGGAGCCGAACUUGACUUUCAGUUCCGACUUGUUGAAGGAAUGGUUGAUUCAACGUUUGCGGCAUAUGUGGCAGCAAAAAUGGGUGUGCCAACUGACGUUGUAG